AGGGGACAAAAGGGCAACAAAACCUGCCAAGCAACUCUGUUCACGUGAUUCGAGCUGGAUCUGUUGAAAGAGAGGACACUGAUAGAAGUCGAAAACAAAUCCAGGAAUGAACCCUGCUGUGAUUCUGCUCCGUGGGAUCUGAGAGUUGCCUUUUAGAGAGAAUUCUACUUAAGCCAAAAUUUCAAACACAAUGAAAUAGCAUCCUUGGAUUACGUAAAAGGUCAGCAGUCUGAAUACAUGGAUCCUAUCUAAUACCAAACAACAGUUUUUCCAGCCAUUCCUCAAUCGAUGGGCAUCCACUUUGUUUCCAGUUCUUUAUAACCAUGGAGAGUGCUGAUAUGAAAAUCUGCAACUUUCUCAUUUUACAGAGGAGGAAAUGGAGGCCCAGAGAAGUUAAGUAACUUACCCAAGAGUCCUGACAUUUUGAAACACCUAGUACACCUCAGGAAAGAGAAGGAACUCAUCUACUGAGCAGUAAGGAAGAUUAUGGCUCCUUAUACCUGUAAUCAUUGGAGAAAGAGAGAGAGACAGUAAUAAGAGACAGCCUGGUAUAAAGGACAGGGAAUUAAGAACACCUGGAUUUAAGUUCCUCUUCUGAGAUAUAUUAACAGUGUUACUUUAGGAGGUUUAAACAAAUAUUUGUUCAAACUAUGGUGAAGAGAAAGUGCCUGGAGGAUAAAAAAUGAACCAGCUGGAUGCAACAAAGUCAGGAUUUUUAGGGUGCAUUGGUAUUUGCAUUUUUAUCUUCAUUUUUCUUUAUGUGAGGAAUACGAUUCCAGAUGAAUCAAAAGAAGAACCAACCUACCCAGAAUCGACAGACUGUGGCUUUUAUCCAGAUGAAAUAUGUUCAGCCCUUUUUGAAGGGAAAGGGGCUGCCCCUCAAAUUGGACAACUCUGUCAGCAAAAUACUCACCAACCUGAAAUAACCCCUUGCCUAGGGACACCAGGCAGCUGUAACUGUUCUCUGAUUUUUCAGGGGCUACAUUUCAUAACAAGAUCCCUGUCUGCAGAAGAGGGGAAUUUCUCCUUGGCAUAUAUCAUAACCAUUCAUAAGGAAUUAGCUAUGUUUGUGAAACUUCUCAGAGCUAUUUAUGUGCCUCAGAAUGUUUACUGCAUACACAUUGAUGAAAAAUCACCCCAGAAUUAUAAAACUGCAGUGACAAACCUGGUUGACUGUUUCGAAAACAUUUUUAUUUCAUCAAAGAGAGAGACUGUGAUUUAUGGUGGAUUUUCAAGACUACAGGCAGACAUUAAUUGUAUGAAAGACCUAGUAAGCUCAACAUUUCGGUGGAAGUAUGUAAUAAACCUUUGUGGGCAGGAUUAUCCAAUCAAGACAAACAAAGAAAUCAUACAAUAUAUCAAAAGCAAAUGGAAUGGUAAAAAUAUGACUCCAGGAGUAAUUCAGCCUGCACAUAUGAAAUACAGGACACACCAAAGUUACAAAGAAUAUGUUCAUCAGGGAAAUGCUUAUGUUUAUCCAACUAAAAAAGAAAAAAAGGAUCCCCCGCACAAUUUAACGAUAUACUUUGGAAGUGCUUAUUAUCUACUCACUAGGCAGUUUGUUGAAUUCACACUGACAGAUGUCAGGGCAAAAGACUUGCUUGAAUGGUCCAAAGAUACAUACAGCCCCGAUGAACAUUACUGGGUUACACUGAAUAGAUUAAGAGAUGCUCCAGGUGCUACCCCAAAUGCUGAGUGGGAAGGACAUAUUCGGGCUAUUAAAUGGAAAGAUAUGGAAGGAGUUGUUCAUAAUGGCUGCAAAGGACAUUAUGUUCGAGAUAUCUGUGUAUAUGGAUUGGGAGACUUACAGUGGAUUAUUGAAUCCCCUCACUUAUUCGCCAACAAAUUUGAGCUCACAACAUAUCCACUUGUGAUGGAAUGUUUAGAGAGAAGAUACAGACUUAAAGUACUAAAUCAGGCAGAGGUCCCUUUAGAAUCACAUUGGCAUUUGCAAGAGACUUGCUAUUUUAAUAUGAAAAUAAAUAUUUGAUCAGCAAAUAAUGCAUACUGUCAAAGAAUAAAGAGAAAAACUAUCAA